AUUUAGUUGAGAAAAUAUUUAAAGUAUAUUUAAAAUAUUUAGUAUAUUAAGUUAUAUAAAUAUAAAUGCAAAAUAAUAAUCAUAUUGUGUAUUUUAAACAUAUUUAAAAAAUACAACAAUUAAAAAUUUUAAUUGCUUAUUUAAAAAAUAAAUCAAAAUGUCACUUGAUAUAAUAGAAAUGUUAAAAGAACCAAGAAUGAUAAAAGUAUGUGCACCAAUGGUUAGAUAUAGUAAAUUACAGUUCAGAACUUUAGUAAGACAAUAUGAUUGUGAUAUAUGUUUUACACCUAUGAUCUUAGCUGACUCAUUUAUACAAUCUGAAAAAGCCAGAAAUAAUGAAUUUUCAACUAAUAAUGCAGAUAAACCUUUAAUUGUUCAAUUUGCUGCUAAAAAUGUACAUGAUUUUCUUAAUGCUGCAGAAUUAGUUGCUCCAUAUUGUAAUGGAGUUGAUCUUAAUUGUGGUUGUCCUCAGCGUUGGGCAUUAAAAGAAGGAUAUGGAGCUGAUUUGCUUAAGAAACCAGAUUUUGUAAAAGACUUAAUAUAUCAAAUUCGUUCUUUGGCUCCCAGUAAAAGAGGUAAACGUCCAUUAUUAUCUGAUAUAUCUAACAAUUUGACAUUGUCUCCAAUUGUAUCAUCAGUUCAUCAAGUAAAAAAAAUUUGCUGCAAUGUCAAAAAUGUAGAAAUACCAGAAUAUAAAGCAGUUAUUCUUUCAGCUAAUGAUAUACAAGCUACUCAAGAAGUAAUUUCUGAACAUGAACAACGAAUGAAAAAAAUUCUUAAUAAACCAUUUAAAAUACCAAUUCCUGGUUAUCAAUUAUCAGGUCGUGCAUUAGGAAUACGUUUAUCUGGUCCUCGUAGACCUUUACAUGAUCCUGAUGAAGCUAAUGCACUUAUUGUUUAUUCACCUUCUGAAUUAUCUGAACAUGAAAAAUUAAAAAUUGACCUAUCUAAACAACUUGUACAUGUAGUAGUAGAUCCUCUAUUAUGUAAUAUUUUAAGACCUCAUCAGCGAGAAGGUGUAAAAUUUAUGUAUGAAUGUGUAACAGGAAAACGGAUUGAAGGUGCUUAUGGAUGUAUUAUGGCAGAUGAAAUGGGUCUUGGAAAAACUUUACAAUGUAUAACAUUGUUGUGGACUUUAUUAAAACAAGGACCUGAAGCUAAACCACUUAUAGACAAAGCUAUUAUUGUUGCUCCAAGUUCAUUAGUUAAAAAUUGGUAUAAUGAAAUCUUUAAAUGGUUGAAAAAUAGAAUUCAGCCACUAGCUAUUGAUGGUGGAAACAAAGCAGAUAUCGAUACAAAACUUAUUGGAUUUAUGAAAACUUAUGGUCGCAAAUGUGUAAAUCCUAUACUAAUAAUUAGUUAUGAAACUUUUCGUUUACAUGCACAUAUUCUUCAUCAAGAUGAAGUAGGACUCAUAUUAUGUGAUGAAGGUCAUCGUCUAAAAAAUUCUGAAAAUCAAACAUAUCAAGCACUUAUUAAUUUAAAGGCUAAAAGAAGAGUAUUACUCAGUGGAACACCUAUUCAGAAUGAUCUCUUAGAAUAUUUUUCUCUUGUGCAUUUUGUUAAUCAAGGAUUAUUAGGAACAGCACAAGAAUUUCGAAAAAAAUUUGAAAUACCAAUUUUACGUGGUCAAGAUGCUGCUGCAACAGAUGCAGAACGCAAGCUCGCUCAAGAACGUUUAAAAGAAUUAAUAACUAUUGUGAAUAAGUGUCUCAUUAGACGUACUAGUGCAUUACUUUCAAAAUAUUUACCUUUAAAGUAUGAAUUAGUGGUGUGUAUAAAAAUGGGAAAAAUACAAACUGAUCUUUAUAAAAAUUUUAUACAAAGUGAUAGUAUUAAAAAAUCAAUGGAAGAAAAUCCUGAGAAUUGUAAAAAAGGAAAAAGAGAAAGUCUUUCUGCACUUUCGGCAAUUACACUUUUGAAAAAAUUGUGUAAUCAUCCUGAUUUAGUAUAUGAAAAAAUAUUAGAAAAAUCUGAUGGAUUUGAAAAUACUGCAAAAUUAAUGCCAUCAAAUUAUAACACAAAAGAAAUUCUACCAGAAUUAUCUGGAAAAUUAAUGGUAUUAGAUUGUCUUUUGGCAUCUAUUAAAACAACAACAAAUGAUAAAAUUGUAUUGGUAUCUAAUUAUACACAAACUCUUGAUCUGUUUGAAAAACUAUGUUAUAAACGUUGUUAUAAUUAUGUUCGAUUAGAUGGCACUAUGACUAUUAAAAAAAGAUCAAAAGUGGUAGAAAGAUUUAAUGAUUCAAAUAGCAAUGAUUUUAUUUUCAUGCUCAGUUCUAAAGCUGGAGGUUGUGGAUUAAAUCUUAUAGGUGCAAAUCGUCUUGUCAUGUUCGAUCCUGAUUGGAAUCCUGCAAAUGAUGAUCAAGCUAUGGCCAGAGUUUGGAGAGAUGGUCAGAAAAAACCCUGUUUUGUAUAUCGAUUUCUUUGUACUGGAACUAUCGAAGAAAAAAUUUUUCAAAGACAAGCACAUAAAAAAGCAUUAAGUUCAACAGUUGUAGAUCAAGAAGAAGAUGUUGCAAGACAUUUUACCUUAAAUGAUUUACGAGAUUUAUUUAAAUUAGAGGAAAAUACUAUAUCAGAUACUCAUGAUAAAUUUAAAUGUAAAAGAUGUAUUAAUGGUAUAGAAGUGAAAGGACCACCAGAACAAUCAGAUUGUAAUUCAGAUUUGUCAGAUUGGAGACACGUUCAUAAUCCACGAAAUUUGCCAGAUAUACCAUUACGGCAAUGCUGGUUAAGCGGAAUUUCAUUUGUUUUCUAUCAUCGAUCGCACGAACAAAUUAAAUAAAAUUAUAAUUUUUAUGAAUAUUUGCAUAUAAUAUAAUUAAGAUAAUAACAUUUUUUAUACUGCUACUUUUUAUAAAAGUUAUAUUCAUUUAAGUUUGUAUACAUUCAUUAACAAAAUAUAUAUAUAUAUGUUUAAUGAUAAAAAUUAAUGUUUAUAUUAAAAUUAUGUACAAAUAAAUAUAAUAUUAUAAAUAUUGUAUGAAAUAGAAAAAAAAUAAUUUAAUAAUAUAAAAUUCGCAUAAUUGAUAAAUAUAUAAAAUAAAUAUAUUUAUGGAAGUUCAUUAUGUUAAAAUUUAUAAAUAUAUAUAAUAUUAUAUAAUUUUUAUUUAUUUAUUUAUAACAUUUCAGUUAUUAAUAUAAUAGUCAAAUAUGAUUUUAUUUUUAUUUUUUUCAAUUCAAUUGAUAUAUAAUAUUUAAUAUUUAGUUCUAAGAGCUAUUUUAUUUAUAGUUUACAACAUUUAAUUAUUCAGAUUAAUUAUUUAAAUUGUAUAUAAAAUUAUGAUCAGUAAAUAUAUGAUAAGAAGUCUGUAAAUAACCAUUGUAAGUAAUCAUUGUCAAUUGAAAAUAUAAUCUUUUUAAAUAAUUAUAUUUUCAAUAUAUUUUUGUUUUAAAAUGAAAAAAAUUUAUAAAAUGUUUAUAAUGUAUAAUCUAUAAUAAUUAAAUAUGAAAAAGAUAAAUUAAAACAUAAUGUUUUUAAUAUGGGUAAUAUAUCUAUAAGUUUGCUUUCAGAUAAGUUGUGCGUAGAAAAUCAAGGGUCAACGAAGACUUUAGGAAUUUGCUCCACAUAACACAAGCAAUAAAGAAAAGUGGGGAAGCAAAAGGAAAUUAGAGUGGGGGAACACAAAUAAUGGAAGAGAGAGCACGUGAUCAUUGAAUACGGUUUGUGAUUGGUGAAAAGGAAUCAGCGCUGCUUUCCCUCCCAGCUCGGUACCGUUCGCUCGCCCUUCUUCCAAGGUUUCGUGCAGCUGCCCGCUCAGAAUAGUUCCAGAUGUGGCCAUGUUUAGUUUGAUCUUUGAAGUUUUCGCUCAUCGUCUCAUAACUGAUACAUUUUUAUACGAUCUGCUGACAUAGUAAUACGCUCUGUCCGACCAUCGUACUUUUCGCCUGCCUGCGACUAGUCUCGUUCAUAACACAUGUUCUUCUUUUGCUGAGAUAAAUAUCUAACGCGGAAGUACACGAAAGACGUAAACGCUGUCAUCCAUCCAGGAGAGACACGAAUCGCGUCGAGUCCGUGCAUUUAAUUUUUUUUAAAAAUUCUAUCGUCAAUAACAGACGCGCGUCUGAUUAACUCGCAGUUGUUUUUAUCGGCAAAAAGCGAGAUCAAUUCGUCGCUCCCUUUCUCUCUCUCUCUCUCUCCCAAUAAAUAUUUAAUCAAAAAGAGCACUAUUAUCAGAUUACGGGACGGGAAUCGUCAAAGUGGAAGCUACGCCUUUAUAUAUUCUACGAAAUUUUGAGUCGUAUUUUGGGGAAAACACUUUUUCCUUUUCAUCUGAUUACGGAUUAAAAAUACGCACUCGUACUUCCUUCUGAGCGCUGUUCUUAUUUUAGCACUUUUUUUUUGUUACAUUACGAUCAUUUGGGAAAAAGAAUUUAAGACGCCUACAAGCUUAUCAUUGGUCAGCCAUAUGCCACGUCAAGCCAAAAUGACGUUGCAGUGGUAAGAUCGCGCCAUUUAACGAAAUUUAUAGCCAAGGAAAGAAAAGCCACAGUGAAAUCCAUUCUUCACCGAAUCUAAAGUGCAAUAGUAUCCCGGAUAAAGCAGAGAAUAAAAGAAAUUUUAUUUACAAAAUAGCCUGUUGUGUUCAGGCGAGAAGAAUAUUCGAGAGAAAAGGACAGACGUAACAAAGGCCGAUAAAGACGGAAAACGUUAAUAAAAACUGAUACAUUUGGUUGUACGCGCACGCGCGCAAGAGAGAAAGAGAAACGGAGAGACAUACGAAAUAUAUUCUCUAGGGCUAAUUAGUGUCCAAUAACGAGUAUUUCAAAAUUUCAAAUGCUAGAAUUCAGGCACGCGAUUAUUUUGCAAGCAAAGAGCCAUCGAGUGUGGUCGCGUCAAUCGAUCGAAUGAUCAUCGUCGGGCCACAGUGCUAUAUCAUACGGUACAAAACACGAUCGAUCGGGACAAAACAAUGGCAUUAGAGAGUGUUUCCGCGGCUGAGACUCUAAUCCAAAGGUUUGCCUCCACAUUUUUUAUUCACCAACAAAACAGUCGAAAUUUUAUGACUGUCGUACCACUCACGUUACACGUUGAUCCCCUCUCCGGAAGCUCCGUGCUGUCCCCCGCUUUCGUUUGGUAUAUACCAUUGGCAUAUACCACUGUGAGAAAAAAUAAACUCAUUACUCUGUUCAGAUA